CCGCAGUGCUCAAAAUGGAUCAAACAAGUCUCGUCGACACCCCCAACCUUCGAUUCCCGUUCCUGCUGCGCUGCCAAUACGUGUACAAACCCUGCGGCAAUCUGCGCACCCUCAAGAAGGACGGCAACGUCCACAAACUGUGCGCCUUCCAUCGCAGUCGCGCCAACAUUGUGCAAAAGAACUAUGCGCUCAAGCGGCGACAGCGUUUGCGAGAGCAAGUCGCUGGUGGCGACAGCGCAACCAGCUACGCAGCCCCCAGGAAGUCACGUCGAACGCGACCCCCGUCUACACAGCCCAUUCCGUUUCGAAGUGUGGACCAAGAGGUCUCCGUCGUCCCCACAGAUGUAUUGGUGCUCACAAUGCUCUUCUCGGACGAGGCCAUGCCCCCUUUCAGUCCGAUACCGGACAGUAAAGUGUCCUCCGAAGAUGUUAACGAAUUGCGCUACUUGCUGCAAUAAACAAGGAAGGGCUUUGACUUGGGCAGUGCUAGUACCACGUCAGUAUCGGGCUCAAACAAUGCAUAGAGUAAAAAAAAUUAUGAAUAAAACUACGAUUGUCA